AGGACGAGGGAGCACUUGACAUGGCUGCUCGUACCAUCGCUUCGCAAAUGGCAUAUAUGUGAAUGUCGAGGGACAAAAGAGAGAGAGAGAGUCUAGGCUUACCUGCGUAGGCUUCGGGGAAAUUAAGAUUUUUUAGGGUACACUGCACAAGGCGUUUUUUCCUCCCUCCUCGACACUCUGACGUCGAAGCCACGACCAAGGUCGACAGCGAAAUCGUAGGGACAUGACCGUGUGAGGAUGUCAAACUCAGUGGCCUCCUAUGACCAGCUGGUGCAACAGGUGGAGGAUCUCCGCAAGGAGAACUCUCACCUGCGCCGUGAGCUGGAGGACAACUCGCACCACCUGUCCAAGCUGGAAAACGAGACCUCUGACAUGAAGGAAGUUCUGAAGCAGCUACAGAGCAAGCUAGAGCAGGAGGCCUGCACGCUAGCCUCUUCAGGGAGAGCAGAUGUGCUCGACCAGUUGAAAGAGUUGCACAUGGACUUAACCAACUAUUAUGAGCUCAAGUACCAGCCUCACAAUCUGCGGGUAUUCCCUGAGAGCAUGGCCAAGCAACCAGGCGAGGGGGAUGAACGGACUCCUCCCUCCACAGUCAGCAUGAGCAGAGCACGCAGCCCUGUCUGCUUGUCGUCCUGCCAGGGUUCCACUGUAUCUGGGGAGGGCACAGCCAUACACCCCGGACACUUCGCCAUGAUGGGUGAGGGGCGCAUCACUGCGCAGCAUUUAGAGGAGCUCUGUAAGGAGAGGACGAUGUUGCUGAGCGAAAUUGAGAAAGAGGAGAACGAACGGCGCUGGUACUACUCUCAGUUGCAGGCUCUCACGCAGAGGCUGGUGGAGCUGCCCCGGAUCGACACCUUUUCCCUACAAAUGGACCUUAUUCGCCAGCAGUUAGAAUUUGAGGCCCAGCAGCUGCGUUCAGUCAUGGAAGAGCGUUUUGGUACCAGUGAUGAAAUGGUCCAGAGAACUCAGAUCCGCGUGGCUCGUCUAGAGCAACUCGAGAAGGAGUUACAGGAGGCGCAUGGCUCUCGCAGCUCCCAGGAGAAGCCCUCCCAGUCAGAGAGUCAGAGCAGUGACACCCUUUCCAAAGUCUCUGUCCCUGAGACGGAAAGUGGAGCAAGCAGCAGCACUAUUGAGGCACCUGGAGAGGCAGGAAACAAAGUGGAGAUGGUGUUCUGGCUGCUGUCUAUGCUGGCCUCCAGAGAUCGGGAAGAGAUGUCCCGUACCUUGUUAGCCAUGUCCAGCUCGCAGGAAAGCUGCCUUGCCAUGCGUAAGUCAGGCUGUGUCCCCUUACUGGUGCAAAUGCUGCACGACGUGAGUGCUGCAGAGGCUCCCGGGGCGGCCUGCUGCAGCCGUGACGCUCGGUCCCGAGCCAGCGCCGCCCUGCACAACAUUGUGUACUCGCAGCCUGACGAGGGCCAAGCCCGGCGUGAGAUGAGGGUCCUGCAUGUGCUAGAGCAGAUCCGCUCACACUGUGAGAAUGGCUGGGACUGGAUAGAGAACCACCUCGCAACGCCAUCACCCGGUGCUACGAAGAUCAGAGACAUCCCAGAGCCAGUUGAUCCCCAAAUCUGCCAAGCCUUGUGUGCUAUAAUGAAGCUUUCCUUUGAGGAGGAGUACCGAAGGGCCAUGAAUGAACUUGGGGGUCUUCAGGCAAUUGCAGAGCUAAUGCAACUAGAACAGGAGCUGUAUGGCAUGCAGAAUGAGCCCAUGAACAUGGCCCUGCGAAGAUAUGCUGGGAUGGCACUCACUAACCUCACAUAUGGAGAUGUCGUAAAUAAGGCCACACUUUGCUCAAAGAAAAGUUGCCUUCAAGCCAUUGUUGCCCAGCUUGCAUCUGAUAGUGAGGAAUUACAGCAGGUGGUCUCAAGUAUUCUUAGGAAUCUUUCUUGGCGUGCUGAUAUUAACAGCAAGAGGGCCCUUCGUGAUGUUGGUAGCGUGUCAGCAUUAAUGACCUGUGCACUUCAGGCUACAAAGGAAUCUACCCUAAAAAGUGUUCUAAGUGCUUUAUGGAAUUUAUCAGCACAUAGCACUGAGAAUAAGGUGGCAAUUUGCUCUGUUGAUGGUGCGCUUGGAUUUUUGGUCAGUACUCUUACCUACCGAUGUCAGACCAACUCGCUGGCAAUCAUUGAGAGUGGUGGAGGUAUUCUACGCAAUGUGUCUAGUCUUAUUGCUACCCGAGAUGACUACAGACUAAUCCUCAGGGAUCACAACUGCCUCCAGACUUUGUUACAGCAUCUGCGAUCUCACAGUUUAACUAUUGUAAGCAAUGCUUGUGGAACUCUGUGGAACUUGUCUGCUCGAAGUCCAAAGGACCAAGAAUUACUGUGGGACCUAGGAGCUGUGAGCAUGCUACGGAAUCUCAUCCAUUCAAAGCACAAAAUGAUAGCCAUGGGAAGUGCUGCAGCUCUGAGAAACCUCCUCACAAACCGACCACUCAAAUAUAAAGAUGCAGCUGUUAUAUCUCCAGGCUCCUGCAUGCCUUCACUUUAUAUGAGGAAGCAGAAAGCAUUGGAAGCUGAGCUAGAUGCAAAGCACCUAGCAGAAACAUUUGAUACAAUUGAGAAGCAAAGCCCUAAGCAUUUGAGUAUUAACAAGCCCUUACGACACAUUGAAAGCUUGGCUAAGGACUAUGCCUCAGACUCUGGAUGUUUUGAUGAUGAUGAGGCCCCAAAUGUUUCAAGUAGCUUAGACACAGGAACAUUUUCCAUGCUUUCUAUGUUCCUGAACAACUCUAACUUCCUUCAGAAUCUGCCUCGCAAAAAGGAGGCAGAACCUGAGCGAGAUGUGGAACCCCAACAAGCAGAGGAUAAAAAAACAAAGCCUCCCGAAGAUGAAGUGACUAUGGCAACAGAAAAGUUAGCAAAAAAGAUCACCAACACUGUGGCUAAAAUUGACAAGCUGGUGGGCAAUAUUACCAUGCAUACAUCUUCAGAGGACAGCUUCAGCCUCAGUUCUGAGGACCAUUUUGCAGAUUGGAAUUAUGGUCCUGAUGAUCUCCACGAGGCACGAGCCAAUUCAUGUUCCCCUUGCCGCCUUUCUGAAACCAACUCAUUUUCACAUAAAGACCGCCUCAGCAAAGCCCAUGCCCUCCUGCGGCUAAAAACAGCCAAUUCAAGUUUGUCCAAUGAUAGCCUUAACAGUACCAGCACUAGUGAUGACUUCUGUGGUAGUAAGGACCAGAUACGAUCUUCUAUGAGGCCACCAGAUCAAAGGCGUCCAAACAGGCUUGAACUUAAGGUAGCUCAUGAACAGCUGCUAAAUAGUGGUGGUGUUUCCAAAGUAAUUUGUCAGAAUGAGAUACCUGAGAGGGAUUCUGUGACUGCAAAAGAUCUACAGUUGCCUGAUCAAGGUAACGCAGAUGAAGAAAAGAGUCAAGACCCUUGUAUAGCAACACCAGCAACUGUAUCAACAAGAGUAUCUUCUGAUACCAGUGUACCUACCAUCAAGCUCUCCCCCUCCUACCAACAUGUUCCACUGAUCCAGAGUGUUGCCAAGUUUGGUGUUGCAAAGACUGCUAUUAAUGUUCAGGCAGCUCAAGCAAUGAGAAGACAAGCCUGGGUCCCAACUGUGAUGACUGGAGGAAGUAUUAGCAAGUUCUCUCCAAUGUGCUCUGCAAGAAGCCCAACAAUAGGUCAGCUUGAGACACCACAGAAAUAUUCAGUAGAGAACACGCCAAUCUGCUUCUCACGCUGCAGCUCUCUGUCCUCCCUUUCUUCUGGUGAUGGAGCCCUCGAUGGACAGAGUCAAAGUGAAAAUGAGCUGGAGAGUGACUCAUCUCUUGAAAUAAUUGAGCUUGAGGAUGGUGAAGUAGUGAGGAAGGAGGAAGAGGAUGAAACUCUAGAAGAUUUUAGCGACAGCCAGUUGCUUAUGACUGACCAGAAAACCUGUCCCACUAGUAACAGUACUACUAAUCCAAUUGAGAUUCCAAUGAGACAUGAAAAAACAUUCCUCAGGGCAGGAUCACCAAUGAUACAGGAGGACAGGACCCCAUCCAGUUCCUCAGACAACUACAUUCAUGAAACUCCACUAGUGAUGAGUCGUUGCAGCUCUGUAAGUUCACUUGGCAGCUUUGAGUCCCCUUCAAUUGCCAGUUCUAUACAAAGCGAUCCAUGUAGUGAAAUGAUAAGUGGAACUGUGAGCCCAAGCGACCUCCCAGACAGCCCAGGGCAAACCAUGCCCCCAAGUCGUAGUAAAACUCCAUGCUGUGCUGAAACAAGUGGACCAGAGCAGCAAAAUCUUGGUGCUAUUGGAAGCCAGUGGGAAAACAGCUUGCGGAAGUUCAUGGAAAUCGCUGACUUUAAGGAAAGGUUCAACUUACCUCCAGACUUGGACACAAUGAUCUACUUCACUGUCGAAAAACCAGUGGAGAACUUUUCUUGUGCCUCUAGUCUGAGUGCCCUUCCUCUGCAUGAGCACUACGUGCAGAAGGAUGUGGAGCUCAAGCUUACUCCUUUGUUAAAUCAGCAAGACCCUGAUUACUCUGGGGAAACAGAUGUUGCUGAUGAUCCAUCAUGUAUGGAUCAAGAUCAGUACAGUGAGGGCAACUCAGAUGAUGACAUUGAAAUUCUCAAAGAAUGCAUCAAUUCAGCCAUGCCCUCAAGGUUUAAGAAAGUAAGACCCACUGUGAUGACUGCCCUCAAUACCCAAUCUCGAAGAUCUGUGCAGUUACCAGUAUACAUGGUGCUUCAGAAUAAUAAUAAUAAUCAGUUGUGCUCUAGUCGAAAGGUUGGAUCAUCUAUGAAAGAUAUUCAUCAUGAUGAUUCUUCCUACACUGAUUCUGCUGAAGGUACUCCCAUUUAUUUCUCAAGUACCACUUCUUUAAGUGAUGAGACCCUUCAAUACCCAGUCAAGGUAAAAGGGUCAAGGGACUGGCGUUCCCGCAACAAAGAGACACAGAAGCUUAUUGACAUAGAGGCAAAGAGAAUUGAAGAACUACGCCUUUUCUCUCGCUUCCAUAAAUCAACUAAAAUGCCAUGUCAAUCUGACACAACAAACCAAAUGAACAAAACAAUCAAACAUAUAACACCUACUCAAAGGUUACUCAUACAAACGAAGGAGAUGGCAGCAAAGAUGACUCAGCAACGGGUCCAAAGCCAAUCCCCAGUCCGUCAAAUGCAAAAGCAGGGACAGAACCUAUCACAGAGCAUGCCACAUUUAGAUCAACCAAUCAGAAAGCAAAGCACAGACAUAUACCAAAAUCAGAAGGCAUACUCCAGGGGUAAUACACAGGAAAACACUGCAUUUCAGUCCUUGUGUACCCAUCCAGUACCCAUGGAUGAUGCAGUUUGCUGCUUCUAUGAUAAUGAAAUGAAUAAAGAGGAUGGUAUGAUGGCAAGGACUAGACAGAAACAUUUGAGUGAUUCAUGUAAAAAUAAUAUAGGAAUCCACUAUGCUAACACAAAAGGCAGAGUUAACAAUUUCCAAAGAAAUGGCUUUCACAGAAUCAAGCAAAAUCUAAUUAUGGAAGAAGCGCCCCCAUGUUACUCUCUCAGUUCAUCUCUCAGUUCCUUAAGUGAUGCAGAUUUUGAAGAGCACCAGGGGAAAUCACAGCAUGUAUGGUUCAGAAAUAAACAAAAUUCAAUGUCAAACCCAGUUCAGGGUCCUUCCAAACCCCAGAAUAUCCAAAGUCAGUUUGAAAAUAACAGUUCACCGAGUUCAGUCAGCAUGGAUUCUGAGGAUGAUCUUUUGUUAAAAUGCAUAACAUCUGCUAUGCCAAAGCAGAAGAAAAAACAAGUCUCCAGAAAAAGGAAAGGAGAGAAAAAACAAAAACAGAAAACUCAGAAGGAAACUGGGGACUGGGGUCAUGAAAAUGAUUUGGACAGUGAUGAAAUGGCAUCUGACAAAGAUUCAGAUCUCAACAGUGUUGAAUGGCGAGCAAUACAGGAGGGAGCCAAUACAAUAAUCACAAAGUUGCAAGCGUCAAAGUCCCAAGAACCAUCUUCAGAAUCAGAGUCAGUUCUUUCAUUCAUGUCUGGAUCAAGCUUUACCCCAAAACCUGACAUAAAUGACAAGAAGAAAGUUAUCAAAGACAACAAAAAGUCUAAUAAGCCACUUGAUUUUGCCCCACGUAAACCAGUUCCAAACUUGCCUGUGGUUUUCAGAGGCAGAACAGUGAUAUACAUGCCCAAGAAAGAGACAACACUUUCACAAAGACCACCACCUGUGAAACUAAACACCAAGACAGAUGCCCCAAAAAAUCCCAGCUUGGCUCAACAUCGGUCCAGAAGUCUUCAUAGACUAGGACGCUCUAGUGACUCUACUCAGCUUUCAUUGCCCAAGAGAAGCUCAACUCCUCCUGCCAGGAUUCCCAAGAGCUCAUCAUCGGGAUCAUCUCAAAAUUCAACCCCUUCCAGGCAGCCACAAAAAAAGGUUACCUCCCCCACUCAAACAGUUAAACAAGGCCAGAAAAUGGCAUCUUCAGCUCCAAACAGUCCACCAGAGAAGAAAGGAAAUAUCUCCACUACCAGUCAAAGCCCAAGAUCUCCAGGUGACAAUAAAACACAAAAAUCCCCCGUGAGAAUACCAUUCAUGCAGAAUCCAUCAAGACAGUCAAGAGCAAUUUCACCUUUAGUGACUAACCAGCCUGCUACUAUCAACAGACAACAUAGCCAGUUAUCAGGGAAGAGAAUCCUACCAUCUAAUCGAGUGGAUUUAGUUCGCAUGACAUCUACUCACUCACAUAAUGGUGAAUCAGAUCGCAAUGGAUUCCUGAGACAGCUAACUUUCAUUAAAGAAUCAUCAAACCUCUCAAGACAAAAUGUUCCUUCCUCACGCUCUGUUCCUACAUCUAAGCAUGCAUCUCCACGAAGAGCAGGCCCAGGAGCUUCAGCAGUUUUCCUAUGUUCCUCUCGUUGCCAGGAACUAAAGCCAGCAGCACAAGAUCCAAGAAGAGUGCAGGGAGCUCAAGGGCCAAGGAACGGACGAGAACAAGGCAUCCUUAAGCAAAGUAUGGUACUAUCCAGGGCAAAUUCCAGUGACAGGGAUCUCACAGUGAAACGUCCAGCCAGAAGAACAAGUUCAGAAAGUCCCUCCAGAGUGCCUCAGAAAAAUGUAUCUGAGCCAAAGCAAAGAGAGAAAAGAGAUGAUACAUUCAAAAGAUAUUCUUCUUCUCCCAGUAUAAAUGUCUUAAGUCGCGUAACUAGCCGCUCCUCCCUGCGCUCCUCAUCUUCGGACUCAAGUGGGCGGGCUAAGAGUGAGAGGGAUACAAAACAGAGGCAAAACAGAGGUGGAUCACGAAACAAUAAUAAUAAGGUCACAUGGAGAAGGAUUCGUGAUGAAGAUGUUCCCCAGAUUUUAAAGAGCACGCUUCCACCUACUGCACUGCCUCUGAUGCCUUCCCCUGAAGGACAGAAGCCAAUGCCUCCACGAUUACCAGGAAAACUGCCAACAAUUACACUACUAUCACGCAAAACAAGUGAUGCAACAGUUCAAACUGAAGACCUCUCAACCAAAACCAACUCAAGUACCUCCCCUACAAUUGAAAAAUGGUACUAUGAUUUCAGAGGGAGGCCACAAAGAUUGCUCUUCUCAGAAAAAUUAGCAUGUCUUCUGGAAAUAACCUACAAGACGGUGAUUCUGAUGGAUCCCUCAGAAACUACAGCACAGCUUCCACCUCAACCUUUCAAUCUGUGGAGAGCAGCUCUAGUGUUCACAGAGGUCACUUUCGACAGAGCUCUCCCAGCAAAGCUGUUAGAGUCACUCCAUUCAACUAUGUCCCUAGCCCUAUGGCCAGUUGCUCUCCAGAAACACAGGGUCAAGCACCAACAACACCUGAGAAGCUACACACAUGAACCAUUGGCCUUUUUGUUGGGACACUUGAUCAUACAAAAUGACACACAUACUGUUCAUUAUGGACCACGAUGGAUGACCACAUCUAGUUGAUGAUCAUGAAAUAAAUAUGCAAAUCACCCAAGAUUAGAGACUUGUUUAUUAGACAUUUUGAAACAUGUGCCACCAAAACCUUGAAAAGACUGUUACAGAGCAAAAGAGAAAAACACAAAUGUAUGCAUUACGCACAGUAUUUCUUGUAUGCCAUUAUGCCACACCAACACUGAUUUUGAAAGAUCUUAGCCUUCAUAUUUUAUUAUUGCAGGUAAAUUUAUUUGUGGUAGAGGAGCCAAAAUCACCACAUCAAAAACAAAAUGUAAUCCUUGUUGGUAUUUAGUGAUAAUGUACAUAUUUGCAGACAAAGACUCUAAUGCUUCCCAGUAAGCAAAAACAGCUCUUAGCACCACUACUGAUAGCAUGCUCUAUAUCCAAGGUAUUCAAAUCACAGUCCUCAAGCUCCAGGUUCUACAGGUCCACCCACCCUUUACCUAGGAGUCAGGUAUGAUGAAAAAGUGGCCAACCAGUUACAUUAAUCAUUUAAUAAACUGCUAGUGAUUACAACAUCCAGGACCGGAUUUGGAUUUGAGGUCUUUGAUUUGCAUACCAUUACUUUAUAUUCACCUUGUUUGCACACCUGUGUGUUAUUGAUGUUGAAUAAUCUUUUCCUCUGAGGCGCAAGUAAUAAAACUGAAGAAAGCGAUGAGGAAAAACCACACAAAAACCACACCAUGCCAUUCUUUUAUAUAAAAACCUACUUCUUAAUUGUUUGGCAACUGUAUGUAGUACACUUAGCUGGUUUUACAUAUUACUGCGUAUUAAAUGCUUCGAUGAUGUAAUUUUGUGUAUGAUCAGGUAUGCUUUAAGUCAUGAAGAACAAGAACAAUGAGGUGAAAUUCUCUGGAUUAUUCAAGAGGAACUAAGACCUCACUGACCAUCUCAACAAGUAUCUGUGUAAACGGCACAUAAUGAGGAUACAGUACCACUGAUGUGUCAAUCAAAAGCAAACCACCAUUGCACAAGCAGAUGGAUACUAUAAUAGCAACAGGUAAACCCACUCUUCUACUAGCUAUAUGAUAUAAUGUCCUUUAUUAUUUAGCAAAUGGUUAAGUGCAGUAGUUUAACAAUCCUUGUGUAGCUGUUUUAUACCUGCUUGAUUGAAAAAUUAAUAAGAAUCAAACAUACAGUAUGUGUGUGAUCUCUAUAAAUUGAAACGCAAAUGUCCAAGGUCUGGUGUUGAGACGUUGACAUUGUUGGCCCACACAUAGCGAACCACUUAUAUUUAAAGCCCCGAUUACCAACUAUUCUUACUACAACAGAAACUUUCAAACAAGAAACAGAAGCACCAGGGCUUUGUGAAAUUCAGUGGCUCAUGAAAAUGAAAUGCACAGUGUUUUGAGUGAGACAUGUAAAUACACUCAUGUUGGCAGAAAUGUUUUAAAAUCAUUGUCAUUAUACAAAAUCUGCAAUGACCUGAAAUAAAUAUCCCUUUAUUUCUCAUUAGUUGGUGAGAAAUUCUGUACAGGCACAUGAGUGAAAAUGUCUUAUUUGAAGUGUUGCAUUUCACUAGUUAUCAGCAGGAAGAUAAUUACUGGUAUACUUAAUUAUAUUCUUUGAGGAAAUAUGCUUCAAUCUAUAGGCCAGCACACUUGUACAUUGAAAUGUUAAGAACCUUUUGCCAAAUGCAACUCUGUGUUUGUCACCAACAGUAUUACUUAAUGAUGGCCAAGGGUUAAUUUCCAUAAUAAAUGUUCUCACCAAGA